CUCCAGGCACCGCCGCGGGAGCCGCCGCCGCGCCAUCCAAGCCGCAGAGCCCGAUCUGGUUGACGGAAAGAAGAAAAGGAGACCGUCGAAUACUUGGCCGCCGCCGAUGCUCCCCGCAGUGCGAUCCGGUGCCCUCGGCCGGUGGCGCUCGCCGCAGCACCUCCUCCCGCGCCUCCUCUCCUCCUCCUCCGCCGGCGCCUCGCCCGCGCGUCCGCAGGCGGCGGCGCUGCUGGAGCUCUCGGAGGUGGAGAAGGUGCUUCGCGAUGUCCGGGCGGGCGACGUGCGCGUCUUCCCCGUCGGCGAGGCCGGGCUGCACGGCGGCGCCUGCGCCGACUACAUGGUCGUCGCCACGGGCCGCUCCGACUGGCACGUCCGCAACAUCGCGCAGGCGCUCUUGCACAAGAUCAAGCAGAAGCAGAAGGGCUCUGAUAGAAUAUUGAUGCCAAGUGUGGAAGGCCAGCAAGCUGGAAAGUGGGUUGUCAUUGAUUCAGGAAGCGUAAUCAUCCAUGCACUUGAAGAAAGGGCGAGAGAGUAUUAUGAUUUAGAAAGCAUUUGGUCAAAAGAGGUGUCUCCUAAUACUUCUGUUCAGGUGUUCCAAUCUACAUAGGGUGCAUGAAUUCGAUGUAGAUCAUACUGGUCUCAUGCCCAUUUGCUUUAUAUAGUGGGAAAAUGAGUUCAAUGUAAAAUCAGUCCAAUCUACAACUGCUUACAAGACUAGAAUGUAACUACCAGAAACUAGAUGUUGAAUUAGGCUGAAAGAAAGAAGCACUAGGACCCUAGCAAAAAUAUCAACUUCCUCAUUAUUAACUCCUUUAUAUCAGUCCUGUUUCCAGUUAUCUUCCUGUUCCACAUCCUCAUAAGCAAUCUUUCUCAUAGGGUCACUCAAUUUAUUGGAAAUGAAUAUUCAUAUAUAUCUUACACUGCAGUAAUCUAAGGGUAUUUGCAUACUAAUUGUUUACGGGUUCAUGCCCUAACAUGCUGACAACAGCAUGACUACAAUGUUAUAUGAACACAGUGAUACAACCCUGUCAAACAAAUGUUGGACUGCAGUGCAAUCAAGAAAAGCAUGUAAUUUUCAUAUUAAAUGUACUAUGUACAAGGAAAAAUCACAAAGAGGAAUGGCAUUGCUGUUCAUCCAAAUUCUGGAGUGUGCUGAUGUGACUGGUAUAUAGGAUUGCCAUCAGAUUGGAAGUGGGACAUAUGAUUUGUUAUCCAUUGUAUUCGCUGCCAAAGUUGAGAAGUUCACUGUAUACUUUGGUUGAGGGAGAUGUGUGUAUCUGGUAGUUACAUCAAAUGUCUUAAGGAACUUUGUCAUCAGAUGACCUAGAAAAAAAUAAGAAAUUUUGAGGAAGAGGGGGUACAGUACCUCACUCUUAAGGUUUGCCCCUCAAGGCCUCAACAUCUA